CCAUUUCAACGGGAGGCGCAGCGCAGGGUCGCAUCAUCGUCUUCCUCCGAUCUUCUCCCCCUCUUCUUCCUCCAUCCCUCUCUCGCUCACCCAUCCGGCGAGGCCGCGACCGACACGAGGAGAGCGCGCGAGGAGGGCGAGGCGCCAUGAACGGCGGCAGCAGCGGCAGGGCCGGGGGAGGCGGAGGGGGAGGGUACGAGAGCGGGAGCGACCAUGACACGCGGAAGCAGCCGCUGCUGGUGAACACGGGGAGCUGGUACCGGAUGGGGUCGCGCCAGUCCAGCCUCACGGCGGGGACCUCCUCCAUGGCCAUCAUGCGGGAGUCCCACGUCUCGGCCUUCCUCUGCACCAUGAUCGUCGCGCUCGGCCCCAUCCAGUUCGGCUUCACCGGCGGCUUCUCCUCCCCCACCCAGGCCGCCAUCAUCCGCGACCUCAACCUCUCCAUCUCCGAGUUCUCGGUGUUCGGCUCGCUCUCCAACGUCGGCGCCAUGGUCGGGGCCAUCGCCAGCGGCCAGAUGGCCGAGCACAUUGGCCGGAAAGGGUCACUGAUGAUUGCUGCUAUUCCUAACAUCAUCGGCUGGCUUGCCAUCUCCUUCGCAAAAGACACUUCUUUUCUGUAUAUGGGACGAUUGCUUGAAGGAUUUGGGGUCGGUGUCAUAUCCUACACGGUGCCAGUAUACAUAGCAGAGAUUUCUCCUCAGAACAUGAGAGGCGCCCUAGGCUCUGUGAACCAGUUGUCGGUAACGAUUGGUAUCGUGUUGGCCUAUAUUCUCGGCAUGUUUGUUCCUUGGAGGAUGCUUGCAGUGAUAGGAAUCUUGCCAUGCACAAUAUUGAUACCUGGCCUAUUCUUCAUUCCCGAAUCCCCAAGAUGGCUGGCAAAGAUGAACAAGAUGGAGGACUUUGAAACCUCGCUACAAGUUUUGAGGGGAUUUGAGACUGACAUCACCUCAGAAGUGAAUGAUAUAAAGAGAGCAGUAACAUCAGCAAACAAAAGGGCGGCGAUCCGUUUCCAAGAGUUAAACCAAAAGAAGUUCCGCAUGCCCCUGAUUCUAGGAAUCGGCCUGCUUGUUCUACAACAGCUAAGCGGAAUCAACGCUAUACUGUUCUAUGCAAGUAGUAUCUUCAAAGCUGCAGGUAUUACAAACAGUGACUUGGCCACAUCUGGACUUGGAGGUAUUCAGGUUCUUGCCACUCUAGUUACAACCUGGUUACUAGACAGGGCUGGCCGGCGCAUCCUACUCAUUAUAUCUUCUGCUGGGAUGACUAUAAGCCUUCUUGCGGUUGCCGUCAUAUUUUUUAUCAAGGACACUGUUUCACAAGACUCUCACUUGUAUUACAUAUUGAGCAUGGUCUCCUUGCUUGCUAUUGUGGCUUAUGUUAUCGCCUUCUCCUUUGGUAUGGGCGCCAUUCCAUGGGUCAUAAUGUCCGAGAUCCUCCCGGUCAGCAUCAAGAGUCUGGCGGGGAGCUUUGCGACGCUCGCCAACUGGCUGACUUCAUUUGGGAUAACAAUGACAGCAAACUUGCUGCUCAGCUGGAGUGCUGGAGGUACAUUUGUGUCCUACAUGCUCGUGAGCGCCUUCACGCUCGUGUUCGUCAUCCUCUGGGUGCCGGAGACCAAGGGAAGAACGCUGGAGGAGAUACAGUGGUCGUUCCGCUGAGCCCCGUAGUAAUUCUUCCUGAAUGGCAUUGCAUUGCAAGUUGGGCAAUGUUUUUCUUUUGUGCAAGUCCAAGACGAUUCUUCCUCGAUGAAGGCCAAGCAUUUUUUUUCCUGUCCAUAUCCAUACAACGUUGUGUAUAUUCUUGUACAACAUUGUUUCAGGCUUUGAGUUGGCUUGGUAAAGGGGGGCGGUGUAGUGACUCUCAACAGAUUAUACUUCGGUUUUGUGUUUCCUGUAGCGUCUCAAAAAUAAAAUGUAAGCGAGAAUACUACUGAGAUGGGUAAAAGAAACAGGAGACACAUUCUUCUUGUGACA